AUGGAUGAUUUAGAAACACUAAAACAGAAGCGGAAAGCAAUUAGGAGUAAAAAAGGCUGUACUGAAGAAGAAUACGAAAGAGAAUUUAGUGCAGCUCAAGAAUAUUACGAUAAAUUAUCUACGUUGAAAGUAAAAGAAAACAGGAAAAAGGAUAAGUGUUCACAGCCUUCUACUGGUUCACCGAAUAGCAGUUCUUCAUCAGGAAUAGUUACGGCCGCAAAACAGAAAUUGCCAGAGAUCGAACUGGUGAAGUUCGAUGGAGAUUCCCGAAAGUGGUUGACGUUUUGGACAAGGUUUAGUAAAAUACAUGAAGAUACUCGCAUCGACAAGAGAGACAAGUUUCAUUAUCUACUACAAUCUACGAAACCUGAGACUGCGCCAAGAGCAAUAGUGGAGAGUUUUCCUGCUACGGAAGAAAAUUACGAAAAAGCCGUGAAGUAUCUCAAAGAACGAUUUGGAAAUGAAAAUGUUUUAAUUCAAAUUUAUGUUAGAGAGCUAUUAAAACUGGUAAUCAAUGACAAACAAAAGAUAGACUUAUUAACUCUUUAUGACAAGUUGCAAACUCAACUACGCGCGUUGGAAUCACUCGGUUUAACUAAAGAUAAAUUUGCAGUUGUUUUAUUUCCUUUAGUGGAAUCAGCACUUCCUGCUGAUUUAAUACAAUUUUGGGAAAGACAACGAGGUAUGUCUCCUGAAACAACAGGUAAGAAUGAUUUAGAGUCAUUAAUUGAUUUUCUAAAAAGGGAAGUAGAGAUUGAAUUUAGAGUUAAACUUACACAUGAUGUUUGGGGUUCUGAUAAAGUAAGUAAUAAGAAAAAUAAGUUUUUUGACACAAUACCUGUUGUUCCAACUGCAUGUGAACUAAUUAAUGCAAAUAGUAGUAAGUGUAAUGUAGAUAAUUUUCAAAAAUUCUGGAAAUCCAAUAUAAGAAGUGUUGUGCCAGAGGAAGAUUCCUCCACGGAAGGAGAUGUGUCUGUUUUGGGCCUUGUAUGGCAUACAGUUACAGAUACCUUAUCUUGGAAAAUAAGUCAAGAUAUAAAAUUGGAUGACCCAGUUACUAAAAGACUAGUUUUAGCAGUAGCUCAUCAGGUGUUUGACGUUAUAGGGCAUACGGCUCCUGUAAUGUUGAUUUCAAAACUAAUUUUACAGGAAACUUGGAAUUUAAGGCUUAAAUGGGACGAUAUUCUUCCCGAUGAAUUAACCAAAAAGUAUAGGUUUUGGCUUAAAAAGUUGUACUUGCUAUCCAGUAUCCAAAUACCUAGAUAUGUAGGUCUCAAAUCUAUUAAUGAAGCUGAAAUCAGGUCGUUGACCUCCCCCACUGUAUGGCGACAUGUCCCUGGUAGUCUCAAUCCUGCUGACCUACUUUCUAGAGGUUGUUAUGCAGAUCAAUUAAUAGAACGAAAAUGGUGGGAGGGACCUGAUUGGUUACGGGAAGAUGAGGCAAAUUGGCCUAAAUCUAAUGAUGAACCAGAUGAGGAUUUGGUUAAUUCAGAAAUACGAGAAAUUGUCUUGCUGGAGGAUCAAAAUAAAAACCGUGCAUAUUGGAAUUUAGCACGCGUUAUUCGAGUGAUCCCUGGUCGAGAUGGCAACAUAAGAGUUGCUCUUGUAAAAAGUAAUAAUUCAGAGUUCUUGAGACCAAUACAGAGAUUGUUUAGAUUAGAACUGGAUAAUAUAAUAGAUAAUACUCAAAAUGAGCAAGUUCCUUUCACCACCAGUAGUGGUAGAGUUGUAAAAUCACAAAUAAUGUAA